AUGAAGUGGUUGAUACUUUCACUGAUGUGUAUUCAGCUCUCUGAAUGUCUCUACAGAAUGCGUUUACACAGGGGAAAGUCUAUCCGGGAAAUCCUGAAGGAGAACGGGGAGCUGAAGCAUUUCUUCGAAAUGCACAGAUAUGAUCCUGCCUUGAAAUACAGAGCUUUGUACCCUGACUACCAAUCGCAGACAGGGAAUGAGCCACUUCUCAAUUCCAUGAAUAGUUUCUACUAUGGCUCCAUUACUGUGGGUACUCCACCCCAGAGUUUUACUGUCCUGUUUGACACUGGAUCAUCUAACCUUUGGGUCCCAUCCAUCUACUGCAACAGUGCACCAUGCAUGAAUCAUGCUCGAUUUAAUCCAACCCGGUCCUCAACUUUCACUACAAAUGGACAAACGUUCAGUUUCUCUUAUGGCUCCGGUAGCCUGUCUGGAUACUUUGGAUAUGAUACAGUAAAUGUUGCUGGCAUAUCAAUUUCAAAGCAGGAGCUGGGUCUCAGUGAAAAUGAGCCAGGCAGUAAUUUUUAUUAUGCUCCGUUUGAUGGAAUCCUCGGUCUGUCGUACCCAGCUCUCUCAGGAGGAGGGGCCAUGCCUGUGUUUGACAACAUGCUGAAAGACAAUCUACUGGAAGAGCCUUUGUUCUCGGUCUACUUGAGCAGGUAUCCAAAUAGUCAAGAUGGAGGUGAAGUGCUAUUUGGAGGGAUUGACCAUGGUAUUUACUCAGGUCAGAUUCACUGGGCUCCUGUUAUUCAAGAACUAUACUGGAACAUUGCCAUUCAAGGUGUGCUACUCAAUGGACAGUCUGCUUUCUGUUACCAAGGCUGCCAAGCUAUCGUUGACACUGGAACAUCACUAAUCACAGUUCCAAAUGAGUACUUAAAGUAUUUGUUGCAGGAAAUCGGUGCAUCAGACCAGAAUGGUGAGUUUGUUGUCAACUGUAACAACAUCGCCAACAUGCCUUCUUUAACCUUUGCGAUCAAUGGAGCUGAGUUUACACUUCCACCAUCAGUAUACAUCCUUCAGAACAAUGGGUAUUGUACCGCUGGGUUUGAACCAACCUACCUCCCAGCCCCUACCCAAUAUGGACCGCUGUGGAUUCUGGGUGAUGUCUUCCUUGGCACAUUCUAUUCUGUUUUUGACAGAGGGAACAACAGAAUAGGCUUCGCUCCAGUUGCCUAA